AUGGCGGUCAAUGCUGUGUGGAUGGAGGUUGAGUCUCACCAUUUCGAUGGUCCCUCCUCAAAGCUCGUAUGGGAACUCUGCGUGAAGGCUAUGCUCGGAAUACCAGUCGAUGAGACAGUAGUUGAGGAGGCAACCGGCAAACUAAACGAAGUCUUGGACGUGUAUGAAUCCAUGUUAGCGAAGAAGAAGUAUCUUGGUGGUGAUAAGUUCAGCCUAGUAGAUCUCCACCACUUGCCCAACAUUCGCUACGUUAUGCACACAUCGAAGGCUUCGCUCUUUACUUCACGCCCGCACCUGAGUGCGUGGUGGUCGGACAUUUCUUCUCGCCCUGCUUGGACAAAGGCUGUGGCGCUCUCUGAUGCGGUCAUACCCAAGAAGGCUUAG